GGUCAAAUGCGUGAGUUAUUUCAGCCAGGGGCGUGUACGUGCGCACUUCAAGAAUGCUUUAUGCAAUUUACGUCAGACUUGAUCAGCUUGAAAGCAUUGGGAUUUCCGUUUCAGCACAGAAGUAAGGGACCCUUUCCAUGCUUACAAACGUUGAGUACAUAUUUGACAAUGUUUGACUUGGUGAAGCCGGAUAGUGUGAAAAUCUCUCAUGAGAUAGAUGAGUUCAGACGAAUGGCGGUGAGGCGGAGGCCGAAAGUACCUGCAGAUGGUCAAGACGAGCUCACGCACAGCACAGUGCUUACCAGUGGUGUGUGUGAUUCCUAUCGCUGUGACGAGGCGUGCGAGUCAGGACAGCAGACACCAAAGAGAGAGGAGCCUAGGGACACAAGACCAUUCAGGAGGUCACCUGACAAACUUCAAGUGCCUCCUAAACCUGACCGCCCAGUGAAUGAGGGGCCUCCAGGGACCUGCAGUCCUGCCAGGAGUGGGCCAAGGGCUCUUAACUUUAGCCCUCUAAGAGCACUAGGGUCCCCUAGCUCUGGAAAGUUGGGGUCAGGUCCCCAUAGCCCUGGAACAGGGAUACCAAAAGCCAAAAGCCCAACGAGGAGUGUACUAAACACUACUAGUCUUUCCAGAGGGUCUGUAGAGACCACGAGCCCUGGGAAGAGAGAGACAGGGAGUAAGACCCAGGUUCAGAGGGGGGAACCAGGAAUCCCCAGUCCAGAAACUAGGGCUUGGCUAGGCCAGGUGAGAAGCCCUGAAAAUAAGAUGGAGGGGCAAGAAGGAACACAACGAAAACCCUGCGGUGUGCAUAAUCUCAUUAGUCAGUUUGAGAGAAACAGCCCUGCUCAGGAGACAACAAACGUGAAGGAGCUCCACCCCAACCCCUCCCCUGCACACCAACAGAGAGCCACAGCUCUGGAUGAUGAAGCCCGCACCAGCCCUGGAGCCAGCCGUGGUAUCGACAACAGUGGCCAUCUCAAAGGCGCCGAACAGGGGCAGAGUGGGGGACAGCCAGGCCUGGUGCCUGGGCACGGCGCUGAGGGGGGUGGAGGAGGGCAGACGGAGGGUGGAGCUCCGGUGGAGCAGGAGAGCAGAGAGCAGAAGCUGCAUAAGAUAGCCCUGGAGCUGCUGCACACCGAGAGGGCCUACGUCACACGACUGUACCUGUUGUGCAAGGUGUUCUGUGUGCGGCUGUCAGACGAGGCAGCUAAAGGCUCCUUUCCUGUGGAGGUGGUGAAAAGCAUCUUCUCCAACAUCUCCUCCAUCUACGACUUCCACAGUGGGUUCCUCCUUAAAGACCUGGAGGACCGCAUGGAACAGUGGUGGGAGGUGCCGAGGCUGGGUGAUGUGAUGCAGAAGAACGCGCCGUUCCUCAGGAUGUACGCGGAGUACGUCACAAACUUUGACGGCGCCAUGGAACUGCUCCGACACUGGAGCGAACGCUCCGCCCCUUUCAGGAGCAUCAUCCAGGAGAUCCAGGGUCAGGAGAUGUGUGGAAAUCUGACCCUGCAGCACCACAUGCUGGAGCCUGUUCAGAGGGUUCCUCGCUAUGAGAUGCUGCUCCGAGACUACCUGAGGAAGCUGCCUGAGGACGACCAGGACCGCAGGGACGCAGAGAAGGCCUUACAGACCAUUUCCAUGGCAGCCACCCACUCCAAUUCCGCCAUCCGCAAAUCAGAGAACCUGAAGAAGCUGCUGGAGCUGUAUGAGAUGCUGGGGGAGGAAGAGGACAUCGUCAACCCGUCCAACGAGUUCAUCAAGGAGGGGCGCCUGGUCAAGCUGGCCGCCAGGAGCACGUCAGCCAUGGAGAGGCAUCUCUUCCUGUUGAACACCAUGCUGCUGUGCUGCACUCCCAAGUUCAGCCUGGUGGGGCAGCGUUUCACCCUGCGGGCGCGGAUCGGCGUGGACGGCAUGCAGGUGAAGGAGAUAAGCAACGAGGACUACCCUUACACCUUCCAGGUGUGCGGCAAGGAGAGGAUUCUGGAUCUGCAGGCCAGCUCUCAACAAGACAUGGAGGAGUGGAUCAAGGCCAUCCAGGAGACUAUUGACAUUUUCCAGACAAAGAACAAAACCUUCAAGCUGGCCUCUAAAGAGGUAGAAGAGGAGGUUUCGACGGAGGAGCUGGGUCGACGCGCUCCUCUUUGGGUCCGAGACAAGGAUGUGACCAUGUGCAUGAAGUGUCAAGAACCUUUCAACACUCUGAGACGGAGACACCACUGCAGAGCAUGUGGCUGUGUGGUGUGUUCAAAGUGCUCAGACAGCAAGACGGCUCUGGAGUAUGACGGAAACAAGAUGAACCGGGUCUGCAAGGACUGUUUCUCCAUCCUGACUGGCUGGGAGAGGGAGAAUGCAGAGAACAAGAAGAAGGGCAUACUGGAGAUCGAGGCAUCUCAGUUCUCGGGCAGCAGUGUGAUGUGUGGCUUCCUGCAGUAUGGGGACAACCCCCGCAACUGCCAGAAACUGUGGGGUGUCAUCCCCGAGACAGAGCCACUGGUGCUCUACCUGUACGGAGCACCACAGGAUGUGAAGGCUGCGUUCAGUGUGCCUCUGCUGGGCUACAGUGUGGAGGUGUCCCCCCAGACAGACCUCCAGGCCUGCUUCACCCUCAGCCAGUCCCGCUCCCUGCACACCUUCUCCUGCGACAGCGAGGAGCUCAAGCGGCGCUGGCUGUCCGUCAUCCAGGCCGCCGCGACCGGAGACGUGUGGAACGUUGGCAUCGCUAACGAAAGCUCUGUUGCGGUUAAUGGCAACGGAAGCAUUGCUGACAAAAACGUUAGAGGGGCAAGCGAGAGCCAGCCAGACAGCCUCUGAGCGUGGAGCUCACUUCCCAUAUCUGGCACGAGCGCCCACGUACUGUAAGAGCAGAUCAUCAUGAAGUAGAGGCUUCUGUGCAUUAUGGUUUCAUUUCAGUAUUUAUUCAUGUGUAACAAUCAACAGAGACAAUGUGAGGACAGCUGGUGAAUUCCCUGUGUGGAUUUGAGUAUAUUCGCACUUCUGUAGUUUUGCAUGUUAAAUCGUUUACCACAGUAAUAAAUAAAGUGAAGAUGUUUUGAAAGUGAA